AACGUUACCCGUUAGUUCGCACAUUACUUGUCGGACUCGAGCAACGCAGCACUAAACUAUUUGACCAUAGCUGUGCGUCAAACAGACACCUUGUAUACUUUCGGCAGGAUGCGGAAAUCGUGUUUUUCUUCUAAGAAAACCGCCGCAACAUAUUAAGUGGAUUUCGUCAAUUUUGUAAACGAAGAACUUUUAUGUUUGGAUGCAUCAGGUGUGAUCGGACUAACUGAGAGGAUUAAACUUCAACAACACUAAUAUGAACGAAUAAUUUCAUCGGGAUACAUCCUAUUUACAUGUACCUGAAAAACACCGUGCUUCUUUUGAUUUAAAGUGCUUUCUUUUCUCUCAAUUGAGGACCGGACACGAUGCAGGUUUGCUAACACAUGAACCGCGUCUACAGAGCAUCGACGUCUACUUCCACAUGUCUUCAGCUCUCUGCUCGUAACAGGUGGAGCUCGUUUAACUUCGUCUGUCCGCCGGUGAACUGGCAUAUAUGGGCAACCAGGUUGACAAACUGUCACACCUAAAUUACGCCGAAGUUCCCACCACCGACCCUCACGGAUCCGAGGACGACGGCCCGAGGAUCGGGGUCUCGUACAUCUUCGCGAGCGACGACGACGAGCUGGACGAUAAUCAUCAGCAUCGUCAUGUCGAUGGAUCGGAGAGGAAUCAGGAAGAGAACCACUACGACAAGCGCAACGAGCUGGACUGCGCCGUUUACCAUCGAGACGAAUGCAUUUACGAGAAAAACGUGAACGCCACGGAUGCGGAGACGCUCAGCCCGGAGAAUUUAUUGAACAAAUGUAAGCCCGGCGACGUGCUGGAGUUCGUGUCCGCCGGCCAGUUCCCGCACUGGGCUGUGUACGUCGGCGACUUUCAGGUGGUGCAUCUGCAUCGGGCGGAGAUCAAGAACAGUUUUCUGACCGAUGCCAGUCAGGGCAGGAGAGGUCGGAUCGUGAACGAGCUGUAUAAAUUCAAGCCCCUCAGUUCUGAUAUGGUGGUCCAGAACGCCAUGGAGCAGGUGGGCGCCAAGGACCGUGAGUUAAGUUGGAGAAAUUCGGAAUGUUUCGCCGCCUGGUGCAGAUUCGGUAAACGGGAGUUCAAGAUGGGAGGAGAGAUACGGAUAGGCAAACAGCCGUACAGGUUAAAGCUCUUCCUGCCCGAUAAACAGUUUCACGUUUUGGAGUUUCAGAGUUUGGAGGAUUUGAUCAUGGAAAAGAGGAGAAACGAGCAGAUCGGUAAAGCAGCCGUUAUUCAGGAACUCGCGCAUCAUUUGAACACUAGCGGAAGCAGCGGAAGUUAAGCGAUGUUUGACGUGGAACAGGUGGAGGAGCAAUAUGGAGAAUUUAGGCCAACACACCGUGCUAUAUGUUGAUAUCUGAGCCCUUAUAGGAAAACGAACCGCGGUUUUAUUGUAGACGGUUUUAGCGGCAACAACAUCAAUCCACGUUAUGUGGACCAAACGUAACUUCCGGUAGACCUCUGCAAAGAAUCAAUAACUGUAAAGUAGUUUUAAUUUAAUUUUGAUACAAUUAAUGCACAAUAACGUUUAUAAUAUAAAUGAAAUGGUUUUAUUAUAACCAGACACAGACCGGAAGUUAACUUCAGGCCAGGCGCUUAUCAGAUAGCACAGGUACAUCUGUAAGAUGUCUGCUAAAGAUCUGGAGAUCUGGAAAACAUCUGCUGUGUAAAAACAUCUGCUAAACAUCUUCGAAAGAGCUGUUGUACAUCCAUUCUAAAUCAUACACAUAUUACAGACAUCUUCUAGAGGUCUGACAGCAGACGUCUCAGAGAUGUAGGGCAGAUGAGCAAACAGCAUCUGCCAGAUGUCUUGAAGAUGAAAUGCAGACAUCAAAUAGAUCUCUGCCAUGUGCGUGUGCUAUCAGGUGUGCGUAUGAUGAAACCGUCUAUACUAAAAGUAACCAUAUUUUUAUGUUUUACUGUAGUUUUACUGCAAUGGUUAAUGUGGUUACUGUGGUUUUUCUACAAGCAAAAUCAAAAAUCCAUGGUGGUUACUGUACUUAAACUAAGGUUAAUUUUGUAAGGGACAUCAUGUAAUAUGGUGAAAAAUUCAUUUCCUUCUGUUGGAAAUCUUUCAUGCGCAAUUAUUAUAUAUACAUAUAUUAAGUUGGAUGAUGUUGUUUCAAGAUGUAAGCUUGUAUUGCAUAAUCAAGACUCUAUGAGUUUCACGAAUAGCCAUAAUUCAAAAUAUGUGCACACAAAUGACAGCAAAUGGUUCAAGUAAAUGGUAACUGUGAAUCCAUCAGUCUUUCUUUUCUC